AUGUCUACUGGCGAAGCUCCCCCAACUGGACAAGUCUUAGCGACACCGCUAUCCUCUCUCGCCGUCAAACUUCCUCCGUAUUGGGAUCGCAACCCCGCGACGUGGUUUAUUCAAGCGGAGGCACAGUUUCACCUCGCCGGCAUCUCGACCGAACGUACCAAGUUUUACCACGUCAUCGCGGCCCUUUCACCAUCAGCGGCAGAAGAAGUGUUUGAUAUCAUUGCUAAUCCUCCCGCCGAUACCCCGUACCAAAGCCUGACAGCGGCACUCUUGAAGCGUACAUCGCUGUCCGACCGCGCCCGUCUGCAACAGCUGUUGUCAGCUGAAGAACUGGGCGACCGGCGCCCAACCCAACUACUACGCCGGAUGAAACAGUUACUCGGCGAAGGAAGCAAUGCCAGCACCGACAGUUUCCUCCGUGAGCUAUUCCUCCAACGGCUCCCUAAAAAUAUCCAAAUGGUUCUUGCCAGUACUCACAACCUCGGCAUUGAAGAGCUAGCGAGUUUGGCUGACGCAGUCAUGAAAGUCGCAUCACCUGCUACCAUGACAUUGGAUUCCGUUCAAGAGCCUCAAGUCGAUGCUCCCUGA